AUGCAAAUGUAUAGGUCAGCUGCUAUUUUGACGAAUAAACACCCCAUGAGAGAGAGAGAAGGUAUACCGCACCAUGUGAUGGACCAUGUAGGCUGGAACGAAGAGUACUUCUUACACAGAUUCAAGGCAGAGGCACUGGCAGCGAUUGCAGAUAUACAUGGACGGGGAAAAUUGCCGAUAUUGGUGGGCGGAACUCACUACUAUUUGCAAUCUAUACUUUUCAACAACAAAACGAUAGUCACUUCAAAUACGAGUGAAGCUAAAAUUUCAGGUGAGGAGCAGGCCAUUUUGGAUGGUGAUCCGGAACAGCUUAUCACCCACCUGCGAAAGUAUGAUCCCGAAGUUUCGGAGAAAUUUCAUCCAAAUGACACAAGAAGAAUACGAAGAGCGUUGGAAAUUUACUUUACCACCAAGAAAAAGGCUUCUGAAUUCUACGGUGAACAGAAGAAGUCAGACACUGAGGAGUCUCCACUGAGGUUCAACACCAUGGUUUUUUGGCUAUAUUCCGAAAAAAGUGUUCUUGACGCUAGAUUAGACACCAGGGUAGACAAAAUGAUGGAGAUGGGGGCAAUUGAAGAACUCAAGGAGUUGUACUCUGCCUAUACCUCUUUCCAAGAGCCUCCUGAUCUCGAGAAGGGUGUGUGGCAGAUGAUUGGUUUCAAGGAGUUUCUGCCUUGGCUGGAGUCGGACGAACCUGAAACCGAGAAGAAAGUUCUUUUGGACCAGUGCAUAUCCAAGAUGAAGCAAGCCACACGCAAAUAUGCUAAAUCACAGGUCAAGUGGAUACGGAACCUGCUUGCUCCCGAAAUGAACAUGGAGCAAGCACACGGCUUUUGCAAGGGAGGCAAGAUCUUUCUGCUUGAUGCCACAGAUCUGCAUAAAUUUGAAGAAAACGUCAUGGAGAGAGGUGAGGGUAUCACAAAGGAGUUCCUUGAGAAAGUGAAUGUGGAGAAGUAUCACCAAACACCAGGCGGCAUGGAGAGCCUCUUACCUCUCUCGAAGUAUACGGAUUCCAAAGAAAAGAACUGGAAGCAUUAUGUCUGCGAGGUUUGCACCGAUCCAAAAACAGAAAAGCCGCUGGUAUUUGUGGGAAGCCAGUAUGACAUUCACAUGGCUAGCAAUAGACAUAAGAACACAGUUAAGAGGCUGCAGAGGAGAAAGGAGAAUGAGAAAUGGAUUUUGAGGAAAAAGCAGGAUACUGGAGCGACGAAGUCCUAA